CUAGUGACAUAAUACAUAAUAACCCGCACCAGUCUUUUUAUCUUUGGAUUAGGCUACAAAGCGCAAAUAAUCCUCGCUAUCGAAUGACGAGUAUCUCAAAGACGAUAAUACUGAGAAUCCACUAUGUGCGAACAAACAAUCACAUACUUGGUUAAUAAUAUUUAUAUAUUUUCAUGGAUAUUAUUUCAACUGAUUGGUUUCCCGAUGAGAAUGUCUAUGACAAAGUGGGAAAUAACACCAAUCAGCGAGGCCCUGGAUGUCGGAACUCGCAUUCACUGGGAUGGAGAGACCCAAAGGGCGAUCUUUGUAGACGUGCCCAAUGGCAAUGUGUACGCCUACGAGAACAAUACCGGAGAAGUUGUAAAAGCCAAAGUCGCGAAUGAGCCAAUUGCAUUUAUGUUCCCCGUCGACGGCUCGGACACAAAAUUCAUCGCUGGAUUAAGCAAAAAGCUGGUGUUUGUUGAAUGGGAUGGCAAAAGUCCAGAAGUAUCUAAAGUAGAAAAAAUAGUAGAGGUCGAAAAGGAAAAGGAGUUCAAGGGUAACCGAUUCAAUGGAGCUAAAGUUGAUCCUUGGGGAAGGCUCUGGGCUGGUACGAUGGGACCUACAGGUGCCGAUGGAACUACAGAGAACCACAAAGGCGCACUUUACAGUUUGAAUAAAGGUGUUCUGAGGAAGCACGAGUCAAAUAUUGGAAUUUCAAAUGGAUUAGCUUGGGAUACCAAAACGAACAAGAUGUAUUAUAUCGACACACUGGUCCCUUGCGUUUUCCAGUAUGACAUAAGCAAGGAUGGAACACUAAGUAAUAAGAAAGUGGUCUUCGAUUUCAAGAAACAGAACAUAAACGGACUUCCAGACGGCCUGACAAUUGAUUCAAAUGGAAACUUAUGGGUGUGCGCUAUUCAUGGAUCCCAUUUGGUUAAAUUCAAUCCAAAUGAUGGCAAAGUCAUUGAGAAAAUCCUGUUCCCAACGCCUCAGGUACAAUCCAGGUUCUUAAAAGCUUAUCUGUAGAGACAACUGCAGAAAUUACGUGCCCAAGAAUUGUGGAGGAUGGGAGAAAAGAUAUAGUCCUAUAACGAAAAUGUGUAUGGUGUUAAAAUAUGUCGAGUAAGAAUUCAAAGACUGUUGUUCUUCGAAAGUUACAGGGUGGGAAAUAUGUAUGACUAGACAAUACGACCAAAGGCAAGGAACUAACAACAUGAAUCUUUGACUAAUGUUUUAAAGGAGAAUGACAAUUUUGAGUGCAAUACUUUUUGAUUUGUUACCUUUAGCACUUCCAGCAAAAGGUUGGUAACAAUUCAGAAAUUAUUCCAUACAUUUUGCUUUUAGGUAACGUCAGUAUCAUUCGGAGGCAAAAAUCUGGACAAACUAUUCGUAACAACAGCAAGAAUUUCUGUAAGUGGGCAAAUACCGCCACCACCUGCUGGUACUACUUACGUAGUAUACAAUGCCAGAGUACCUGGAUAUGCUGGUGACAGAUAUAAGCCAUAAAUCAUUAACUGACAUGUAAAAUAAAAUAGUACAAAUAUGAUAACCGAGCAAAUAUUCGUAUUAUAAUGAACAUUUGAAAUGCAUAUAUUUCCA